UUAAAUUAUAUAUAUACACAUUGCAGCACUUUGUGUUUUGCAAACGUUAUCGCAAAGGUAAGGGACAUUAAAUCAAUUUCGUGUGUUUAGUUAUUUUAUGCCCUGCCAAGGUCUGAAUUGAGCAUAUUGGUAAAGAAGGGUUUUUUGGUGAGCUGUUUUUCUCUCUCCCUCUCCCUCUCUCUGUGCUUUGUUUUCAUUUUUUAUAUAUAUCUAUAUAUAUAUUUUUAAUUUUUACAAACACCUAUAGCAUCAGUUUCAUAAAUCUCAGUUAUUACUCUCUCUCUCUCUCUCUCUCUCUCUAAAAUGUGGGAACACUCUGAGGCAUCAUGAGCUACCAAAGCAUUGAUCUCCAUUCAUGGUGGAGAAUUCUUGCUUUUACUUGGCUUCUGGUUCGAUCUUCAGGGCUUAAUACUGAUGGAAUUUUAUUGCUCUCUUUCAAGUACUCUGUUCUCAGUGAUCCUCUGGGUGUUUUAGAUAGCUGGAAUUACCAUGAUCAGACACCAUGUUCAUGGAAUGGUGUUUCUUGUGGUACCCAAAGCACGGCCAAUGAUUAUUUGCGAGUCAUCGGCCUCUCACUCCCCAAUUCUCAGCUUCUCGGCUCCAUUCCUUCUGAUCUGGGUACGAUCCAAUUCCUUCGAAACUUCAAUCUUUCCAGCAAUUCAAUCAAUGGGUCACUUCCUUUAUCGAUUUACAAGGCUUCUGAGCUUCAAAAGCUUGACUUGUCUAACAACUUGAUCUCCGGCGACCUUCCGGAGCUCGUCGGAGGACUGACGAGCCUCGAGUUUCUCAACCUCGCCGACAACGCUUUGGCGGGAACCAUCCCGGGAAAUCUGACGAAUCUUGUGAAUCUAACUGUUGUUUCUCUGAAGAACAAUUACUUCUCUGGUAGUCUUCCGACUGGGUUGAAUUCUGUGGAAGUUCUAGAUCUGUCUUCGAAUCUGAUCAACGGAUCGCUGCCUUCGAAUUUCGCCGGCGACAAUCUUCAUUACUUCAAUGUCUCAUACAACAGGCUUUCCGGCGAAAUUCCAUCAGAAUUCGCUAACAAAAUUCCCACAAACGCCACUAUCGAUCUCUCAUUCAACAAUUUCACCGGCGAAAUCCCGGAAACUAGCCUUUUUCUCGACCAAGAAACAAAAUCAUACGGUGGAAAUCCAGAAUUGUGCGGGAAACCAUUGAAGAAUCUGUGCCCAAUUCCUUCCAGUAUCUCGACUCCGCCGAACGGCACCGCACCGACCUCGCCUCCGGCGAUAGCAGCCAUUCCCAAGAGCAUAGACUCAGGUCCGGCGACGACUGCUCCAGAAACAGCAAAUGGAUCGUCGAGACGAAGUGGGCUGAGACCAGGAACCAUAGUCGGAAUCGUCGUCGGAGAUAUCAUCGGCGUUGCAAUCCUCGUAAUGAUUUUCUUAUACAUUUACCAGUUAAGAAAGAAGAGGAGUAGAGUAACAAACACAAAAGGAAACGAAGCUAAAGACUACGAGUGGUCAUCUUCGUCGUCGGGAGAAGAAUCAAAAGGUAUCAGAGCCUUGGCUUGCUUGAGAAAGCAAGCGAAAGACGAUGAAGACUCGUCUGAAACCACCAACUCGGAGAAUGAAGAAGAGGAAGAAGGGCAAAAGGGUCAUCAUCAUCAGGAAAAUCAUGGAGGGCCGAAAGAGGAGAAGAGAGGGGCACUAGUGACAGUUGAUGGAGAGAAAGAGCUGGAGCUGGAGACUCUGUUGAAGGCGUCGGCGUAUAUACUGGGUGCGACUGGUUCGAGCAUAAUGUACAAGGCGGUUCUUGAAGAUGGGACUGCCCUGGCGGUUCGGAGGAUCGGAGAGAGUGGGGUGGAGAGGUUCAGGGAUUUUGAGAACCAGGUUCGAGUCAUUGCUAAGUUGGUUCACCCGAAUUUGGUACGGAUUCGUGGGUUCUACUGGGGAGUCGAUGAGAAGCUCGUUAUCUAUGACUUCGUUCCCAAUGGCAGCCUCGCCAAUGCACGUUACAGAAAAGUGGGCUCCUCCCCAUGCCAUCUACCUUGGGAGCUGCGGCUCAAGAUAGCGAGAGGUGUGGCUCGGGGGCUAACUUACAUCCACGACAAGAAGCAAGUGCAUGGGAAUCUCAAGCCCAGUAACAUCCUCUUGGGCUUAGAUAUGGAGCCCAAAAUUGGAGAUUUUGGGCUGGAGCGGCUGGCAACGGGUGAGAGCGGAUACAAGCCCGGUGGAUCAGCUAGGAAUUUCGGUAGCAAGAGGUCGACAGCGUCACGAGACAGCUUCCAGGAUAUGCCAAUGGGGGCCACCCCAAGCCCAAGCCCAAGUUCAAUGGGUUGCAUAUCACCGUACUAUGCACCGGAGUCACUGAGGAGCCUCAAGCCCAACUCAAAGUGGGAUGUGUACUCAUUUGGGAUUGUGUUACUUGAAUUGGUCACUGGGAAAGUCAUUAUUUCUGAUGAGAUGGCCCCCGGGCCUGGCGGGUUAGCCAGUGAGGAGAGGAGCAGGGUUUUGAGGAUGGCUGACGCGGCGAUUCGUGGUGACUUGGAAGGCAAAGAAGAUGCCUUGUUGGCACUAUUGAGAUUAGGGUUUAGUUGUAUAUCACAAGUGCCACAAAAGAGACCGACAAUGAAAGAGGUCCUACAAGGUCUUGAGAAGUUCCCAUUGUCUUUUUCUUCUUCUUCAUACUAUUAUGGUCACUAAUAAUUGAUAAAUGGACCCCACUACUGUAGACAAAAUGUAUUUAUGAUUGACUCAUAGGCUGUUGUUGAUGCUAUUUUUGUUGAUGUUAUUCAUCCCAAGUACUUUUCAUUGUGAUGGUCUUUGAGAGGGUUUGUUCUGUAGUUGUCUUAAUAUUGUGAUGAUCUUUAGGUCUUGGUUGUUUGUGUGACACAGAUCUGCCUUGCUAAUUUGGACUUAGUCCACAAUAAUUAAUGCAUUUGGACAGAAAAAAUUAUUUUA